UCCACUUCAGAAAACAGAGGAAAGACAGAGAAAAAGAAGAAAAACAGAGCAAGCAAAACCUUCAAAUUUAAAGCAAGAAUGAGGAUCCAGAACAAGGCGGUUGCACUUCUUCUUCUCUUCGUUUCAGAGUUUUUGUUGGGGAUUGCAGUAGCAGCGGAAGAACAGAAACUGGGUACUGUGAUUGGUAUCGAUCUCGGGACUACGUAUUCUUGUGUGGGUGUGUAUAAGAAUGCCCAUGUAGAGAUUAUAGCGAACGAUCAAGGGAACAGAAUCACCCCAUCAUGGGUUGCGUUCACUGACACCGAGCGUCUCAUUGGAGAGGCAGCCAAGAAUCAGGCGCCUCUAAACGCAGAGCGGACCAUUUUCGAUGUUAAGCGACUCAUUGGGAGAAAAUUUGAUGAUCCGGAGGUUCAGAGGGAUAUAAAAUUUUUGCCAUAUAAGGUGGUGAAUAAAGAUGGGAAGCCUUACAUACAAGUGAAGGUUAAAGGUGAGACUAAGGUGUUUAGCCCUGAAGAGAUCAGUGCUAUGAUAUUAACAAAGAUGAAGGAGACGGCAGAGGCAUACUUGGGGAAGAAAAUCAAAGAUGCCGUAAUCACUGUUCCAGCUUAUUUCAAUGAUGCGCAAAGGCAGGCGACCAAGGACGCUGGCAUCAUUGCCGGGCUUAAUGUAGCUAGGAUAAUCAAUGAGCCUACCGCUGCGGCAAUUGCCUAUGGUUUGGACAAGAAAGGCGGGGAGAAGAACAUUUUGGUUUAUGACCUUGGUGGGGGCACAUUUGAUGUUAGUAUCUUGACUAUUGACAAUGGUGUGUUUGAGGUUCUUGCUACAAGUGGAGAUACCCACUUGGGAGGGGAGGAUUUUGAUCAUAGAGUGAUGGACUAUUUCAUCAAGCUGAUCAAGAAGAAAUACAACAAAGAUAUUAGCAAGGACAAUAGGGCUCUCGGAAAGCUUCGUAGGGAAUGUGAGAGGGCUAAGAGGGCAUUGAGUAGCCAGCACCAAGUUCGAGUGGAGAUUGAGUCACUCUUUGACGGUAUUGAUUUCUCGGAGCCAUUGACAAGGGCAAGGUUUGAAGAAUUGAACAUGGACUUGUUCAAGAAGACAUUAGGACCGGUCAAGAGGGCUCUGGAGGAUGCUGGUAUAAAGAAGACAGACAUUCAUGAAAUUGUGCUUGUUGGAGGAAGUACCAGGAUUCCAAAGGUGCAGCAGUUGUUGAAGGAAAUAUUUGAUGGAAAAGAGCCCAACAAAGGUAUCAAUCCUGAUGAGGCUGUGGCAUAUGGUGCUGCUGUUCAGGGUGGAAUUCUGAGUGGGGAAGGUGGCGAAGAAACCAAAGAUAUUCUUCUGCUUGAUGUUGCACCUCUGAGUCUAGGUAUUGAAACAGUUGGUGGUGUAAUGACUAAGUUGAUCCAUCGGAACAAAGUUAUCCCAACUAAGAAGUCUCAGAUUUUCUCCACCUAUCAAGACCAGCAAACAACAGUUUCAAUCAAGGUAUUUGAAGGUGAAAGAUCCUUAACAAAGGAUUGUCACGAGCUCGGAAAAUUUGAUCUAACUGGCAUUCCACCAGCUCCAAGGGGAGUGCCACAGAUAGAGGUGACCUUUGAGAUUGAUGCCAAUGGCAUCCACCACGUUACCGCAGAAGACAAGGGAGCCAACAACAAACAAUCUAUCACCAUAACCAAUGACAAGGGGCGGCUCAGCCAGGAAGAGAUUGAGAGGAUGGUGAAGGAGGCGGAGGAGUUCGCUGAGGAGGACAAAAAGGUGAGGGAGAAAGUAGAUGCAAAGAACAAGCUCGAGACAUACAUCUACAACAUGAAGAAUACCAUUAAUGACAACAAGCUAGGCGACAAAAUCGAUUCAGAGGACAAGGAGAAAAUUGAGAGCACACUGAAGGAAGCACUGGAAUGGUUGGAUGACAACUUGAACGCAGAGAAGGAAGAUUUUGAGGAGAAGAUGAAGGAAGUCGAAGCCGUGUGUAACCCCGCUAUGAAAAAGGUUUAUGAGAAAAGUGGUGGAAGCUCAGAAGAGGAUGAAGAACCUACUGAUGAGUUGUAAAUAUAUAUAUAUAUAUAUAUAUUUGUAAUUUUUGAACCAUAAAAGUUAAUUUAUUUCUGCUUCUUUUCUUUGCAUUCCUCUCUGUGGUAAAUUCUCUAAUGAUGAAAAAUAGAAAAAAUCAACUUAA